GUUGUGUGUGUGACUGGACCAUAGGGUCCUAAAAAGAAAGGAGCUAGAGAAGCACCUUGCUGCAUGGAGUUGACCGCUGAAAGCUGCUGACAUCCCUGGGUCCUGGUUCCGAGGCUCAGCACGCUUUGUCUACAGUCCACACCAGAGCUGUCUGGGUCUGGGACCAGGCAUUCUGAGCCAUGAAGUGGGGCAGCAGUUGCCCCCGCCUCCUUCUGCUCCUACCUCUGGUGCUGGGGCUGAGUGCUGCCCCAGGAUGGGCAGGUGCACCCUCUGUGGAUGUACUGCGUGCCCUGAGGUUCCCCUCCCUUCCUGAUGGUGUCCGGAAAUCAAAAGGGGUCUGUCCGACUGAUGUGGCCUACCGCGUGUCACGACCUGCCCAGCUCAGUGCACCCACCCGCCAGCUCUUCCCAGGAGGCUUUCCCAAAGACUUCUCCCUGCUGACUGCUGUGCGGACCCGCCCUGGCCUCCAGGCUCCCCUCUUGACUCUAUACAGUGCCCAGGGAGUCCAGCAGCUGGGCCUUGAGCUCGGUCGCCCGGUGCGCUUUCUGUAUGAGGACCAGAGGGGGCGGCCACAAGCCCCCUCUCAGCCUGUCUUCCGAGGCCUCAACCUAGCCGAUGGCAAGUGGCACCGUGUGGCUGUGGCCGUGAAGGGCCAGUCUGUCACCCUCAUUGUGGACUGUAAGAAGCGGGUCACCCGACCCCUUCCCCGAAGUGCGAAUCCAGUGCUGGACACCCGUGGGGUGGUGAUCUUCGGUGCCCACGUCCUAGAUGACGAAGUCUUUGAGGGUGAUGUUCAGGAGCUCCUCAUCGUCCCAGGCGUCCAAGCUGCCUAUCAGUCUUGUGGACAGAAGGAUCUGGAAUGUGAGCGGGAACAGAAGGAUGCCCCUCAGAUCCCGAAGCCUCACAGAGCCCAGAGAUCGCCAAAGAAGCAGCCAUCAGGACUUCAUAAACCACAGAACCAGGAGCCCCAGCGACAGGUUGCCCACGGACCCCGGGGGCUAAAGGGAGAGAAGGGAGAGCCUGCGGUGCUGGAGCCUGGUAUGUUCGUAGAGGGACCCCCUGGCCCAGAAGGCCCUGCGGGAUUGACUGGACCCCCUGGCAUCCAGGGGAACCCAGGGCCAGUUGGAGACCCUGGCGAGAGGGGUCCCCCUGGCCGGGCAGGGCUCCCCGGGUCAGAUGGAGCCCCUGGUCCUCCAGGCACAUCUCUGAUGCUUCCAUUCCGGUUUGGCAGCAGUGGGGGUGACAAGGGCCCCGUGGUGGCAGCCCAGGAGGCUCAGGCCCAGGCCAUUCUGCAGCAGGCACGGCUGGCGCUCCGUGGGCCGCCUGGCCCCAUGGGAUACACAGGCCGCCCUGGACCCUUGGGUCAGCCUGGGAGCCCAGGCUUGAAAGGAGAAUCUGGAGACCUGGGCCCUCAGGGCCCCAGAGGACCACAGGGCCUCACAGGCCCUCCUGGCAAGGCUGGGCGAAGGGGCCGAGCCGGUGCCGAUGGAGCCCGUGGGAUGCCUGGAGAACCCGGUGUGAAGGGUGACCGAGGCUUUGACGGACUUCCAGGACUACCCGGCGAGAAGGGACACAGGGGUGAUACGGGCGCUCAGGGCCUUCCUGGGCCUCCUGGCGAGGAUGGAGAGCGGGGUGACGAUGGAGAUAUUGGGCCUCGAGGGCUGCCUGGAGAGUCGGGACCCAGAGGACUUCUCGGCCCUAAAGGUCCACCUGGUAUUCCUGGGCCUCCGGGCAUUCGAGGCAUGGAUGGUCCCCACGGCCCCAAAGGGAGCUUGGGACCUCAAGGAGAGCCAGGGCCUCCUGGACAACAGGGCACUCCUGGGACCCAGGGCCUCCCUGGACCUCAGGGUGCCAUCGGUCCCCAUGGAGAGAAGGGUCCUCGUGGGAAACCAGGGCUCCCUGGCAUGCCGGGAUCGGAUGGACUCCCAGGUCACCCAGGGAAGGAAGGUCCUCCUGGAACCAAAGGGAACCAAGGUCCCUCUGGACCACAGGGUCCUUUAGGAUACCCAGGCCCCCGAGGUGUCAAGGGUGUGGAUGGAAUUCGGGGCCUGAAGGGCCACAAGGGUGAAAAGGGCGAGGAUGGCUUUCCCGGGUUCAAAGGUGACAUGGGUGUGAAAGGAGACAGGGGUGAGGUUGGAGUUCCUGGUUCCAGGGGAGAAGAUGGCCCUGAGGGGCCGAAAGGACGCACUGGGCCUACUGGAGACCCUGGACCCAUUGGGCUUAUGGGCGAGAAGGGCAAACUAGGCGUUCCUGGUCUGCCUGGCUACCCCGGACGCCAGGGUCCCAAGGGGUCCCUGGGCUUUCCUGGUUUUCCUGGAGCCAGUGGAGAGAAGGGAGCUCGGGGCCUGUCUGGAAAAUUAGGACCUCGGGGAGAACGGGGCCCCACGGGCCCGAGGGGUCAGCGGGGACCUCGAGGUGCCACUGGGAAGUCUGGCGCUAAGGGAACAUCAGGUGGUGAUGGUCCCCACGGGCCACCCGGAGAGAGGGGUCUUCCUGGUCCCCAAGGCCCCAAUGGAUUUCCUGGCCCCAAAGGCCCUCCAGGCCCAGCAGGGAAGGAUGGGCUGCCGGGCCACCCAGGCCAGAGAGGAGAAGUGGGAUUCCAAGGGAAGACUGGCCCCCCAGGACCCCCUGGAGUGGUGGGACCUCAGGGAGCAGCUGGGGAAAGCGGUCCCAUGGGGGAGAGAGGUCACCCUGGCCCCCCAGGACCUCCUGGAGAACAAGGACUGCCUGGAACAGCUGGAAAGGAAGGCACCAAGGGUGAUCCUGGUCCCCCUGGGGCUCCAGGAAAGGAUGGUCCGGCUGGUCUGAGAGGCUUCCCAGGAGAGCGAGGCCUCCCAGGCACUGCUGGCGGACCUGGCUUGAAGGGAAAUGAAGGUCCAGCUGGCCCUCCUGGCCCUGCAGGCUCCCCUGGGGAGCGAGGUGCAGCAGGAUCAGGGGGCCCCAUUGGUCCCCCAGGACGUCCAGGCCCACAAGGUCCCCCUGGAGCAGCGGGAGAGAAAGGCGUCCCGGGUGAGAAGGGCCCUAUUGGUCCCACUGGCCGUGAUGGGGUGCAGGGUCCUGUGGGGCUUCCUGGUCCAGCGGGACCCCCAGGUGUGGCUGGAGAGGAUGGAGACAAGGGUGAGGUGGGAGACCCAGGACAGAAGGGGACCAAAGGGAAUAAAGGCGAACACGGCCCACCUGGACCGCCUGGUCCCAUCGGUCCUGUGGGACAGCCCGGAGCUGCGGGAGCUGAUGGGGAGCCUGGAGCUCGGGGGCCCCAGGGACACUUUGGAGCCAAAGGCGAUGAAGGAACAAGAGGAUUCAAUGGGCCCCCAGGACCCAUUGGCCUCCAGGGCCUGCCAGGACCUUCUGGAGAGAAGGGAGAAACAGGAGACGUGGGACCUAUGGGACCACCUGGCCCUCCAGGACCUCGCGGCCCCGCUGGACCCAACGGUGCUGAUGGCCCACAAGGUCCCCCUGGAGGCGUUGGGAACCUGGGUCCCCCUGGAGAGAAGGGGGAGCCGGGAGAGUCUGGGUCUCCGGGCGUCCAGGGCGAGCCGGGUGUCAAGGGUCCACGUGGUGAACGUGGUGAAAAAGGAGAGGCUGGGCAGGCGGGAGAGGCUGGACCACCAGGGCCUAAAGGCCCUACAGGCGAUGAUGGCCCCAAGGGGAACCCUGGUCCCGUUGGCUUUCCUGGGGACCCUGGGCCUCCUGGAGAAGCUGGCCCACGGGGCCAGGAUGGUGCUAAGGGUGACCGUGGAGAGGACGGCGAGCCAGGACAGCCUGGAUCCCCUGGUCCCACUGGGGAGAAUGGGCCCCCUGGACCCCUUGGGAAGCGGGGACCUGCUGGCACUCCUGGUCCAGAGGGACGACAAGGAGAGAAGGGAGCCAAGGGGGACCCUGGUGCUGUUGGGGCCCCAGGAAAGACAGGCUCCGUGGGUCCUGCAGGCCCGGCAGGAAAGCCUGGCCCUGAUGGUCUACGGGGGCUCCCAGGCUCAGUGGGUCAACAAGGCCGCCCUGGAGCCACAGGUCAGGCUGGACCCCCAGGUCCUGUGGGACCUCCAGGGCUUCCUGGCCUCCGUGGUGAUGCUGGAGCCAAGGGGGAGAAGGGUCACCCGGGUCUCAUCGGACUGAUCGGGCCGACGGGAGAGCAAGGAGAGAAGGGAGACCGGGGCCUUCCUGGCCCUCAGGGCGCCCCCGGACAGAAGGGAGAGACGGGCAUCCCCGGAGCAUCUGGCCCCAUUGGUCCUGGAGGGCCUCCUGGCCUGCCUGGACCCGCUGGCCCCAAAGGAGCCAAAGGAGCCACAGGCCCAGCCGGACCUAAGGGAGAGAAGGGCGUGCAGGGCCCCCCAGGACACCCGGGGCCCCCGGGUGAGGUGAUCCAGCCACUGCCCAUCCAGAUGCCCAAGAAGACCCGCCGCUCUGUGGACGGAAGCCAACUGAUGCAGGACGACGAGGCUGAGCCCACUGGUGGUGCCCCAGGCACUCCUGCCGGGCUGGAGGAGAUCUUUGGCUCACUGGACUCUCUGCGGGAGGAGAUUGAGCAGAUGAGGAAGCCCACAGGGACCCAGGACAGCCCUGCUCGCACUUGCCAGGACCUGAAGCUGUGUCACCCCGAGCUUCCUGAUGGAGAGUACUGGGUUGACCCCAACCAGGGCUGCUCUCGGGAUGCCUUCCGGGUGUUCUGCAACUUUACAGCAGGAGGGGAGACUUGUGUUACACCUAGGGAUGACAUCACACAGUUCUCCUAUGUGGACUCUGAGGGCUCCCCAGUGGGCGUGGUCCAGCUCACCUUCCUGCGUCUGCUCAGCGUCUCCGCCCACCAGGAUGUCUCCUACCCUUGCUCUGUAGUAUCCCAGGAUGGCCCCCUGAGACUCCGGGGGGCCAAUGAGGAUGAACUGAGCCCCGAGACCAGCCCCUAUGUUAAGGAGUUCAGAGACGGCUGUCAGACCCAGCAAGGCCGGACAGUGUUGGAGGUGCGCACGCCGGUGCUGGAGCAGCUGCCUGUGCGGGAUGCCUCCUUCUCAGACCUGGGGUCCCCCACAAGGCGGGGAGGCGUGCUUCUGGGGCCUGUGUGCUUCAUGGGCUAGGCCCUUGCUGACCCUGUCAACCAAAAGCAGACCCUCCUGGAGUCACACAGCAUGAACUUCACGCCACCUCCCAUGAAACCCCUCGUCAUCUAGGGGACCUUGGGCCAGGGCACCUCAAGCCUCAAGUCAGGGGCAGCAGCCAGGGGUGGGGUGAACCAGGGCAUGCUGGGACAGCCCAGUGGAAGGGUGGCACCUGGGCCUUCGGCUCCCCCACUUGUGACCUAUUAGAGAGCUGAGACCUUUAUUUAAAGCAGUUCCCUGUCCCUCCAAACAAGUGGAAGAGAAAGGACACUGUGUAUUUUGUAUUUAAAAAAAGGAAUUAUAUUAAUUAUUUAAAGAGAGAAAAAAAAAGUAACAAAGAUAAAGAGAGAAAUGCCCGAAACCAGCAGAUACUGGGGACAGGUGCUGCAAGGGUGGGCCAGCACCCCACUCUCCCCUCAGGGUUUUCCUUAGUGAACCCCCUUCCUCACAUCCACCUGGGGUGCUAAGAAUGCUGGAACACACACACUCCCCUGCCUCAGGGCUCCAGCUCUCGCUCCCCAGGGAGGAAGUUCUGUCACCCAACUGUCCCGUCAGGAAUGGCCUGCCACUUAAGACCGGCCCUUUCUCCGGGGACACCAGACCAGAGGCCUGUGCAGGGCCUGCCUUGGGCAGGUUAUUGAGAUACUGAUUCUCCCAGGGGCUGAAGUCAUCAAGGCUCUGGGCACUGUCCUGGCCGCACAGUUUCUUCCCUGGGCACCUCCUCACCUCCCUGAUGCUGAGGAGGGCUAAUGUCUAGCCUAUGGCCAGAAGGGACUCCCAGGAGCCCACUAGCCCUGUGCCCAAGCCCCUCUGACUGACGGUUAAAUAAUGUGAUUGUCU